CUAGCUGUUUGGAAUCCCCUUUCUUUAUUUAUUUGCAAAUUAAUUAAGAACGAGCAAACAUGAUGGCGACCACCUUCGCGGCAGGAGUACUUCUUCCUGUCAUACUCGAUAGAUUGGCUUCCCGUGGGUUCUUGAACUUCGUUCGGGGGGAAAACUCACUGAUGAAUUAAGCAAGUUGGAGAUAAAAAUGCUGUCCGUGAAUGCUGUGCUAGAAGACGCGGAGGGAAAGCCAGAUACAAAUCGGAACGUGAAAGACUGGAUUGAUGACUUAAAAGAUGCCAUCUAUGAUGCAGAGGACAUUUUGGAAGAAACUCUUAUUAAUGCUACUAAUGCCAGCUGGGGUAAGUUACUCAACUAUUUCUUUAGCCCUGCCAUCGUAAGUAAAGUGAAAAAGGUACACGAUAGAUUGGCACUUCUAGCAGAACAAAGGGAUCUUAUGGACCCACUUCAAGGUGUUGGAUGCAAAUCAUUCAUAAGAUUGGCUCCCACAGCUUCUUUGGUCCAAGAAUCUUUUUUUCUUGGUAGGGAUGAUGAUAAGGAGGCUAUAAUUAGCCACUUGCGCUCAAUUGGCCAUUGUCGGCCGGAUGAUAGCAAGAUAUGCGUGAUUGCCAUCGUAGGAACGGGGGGAAUUGGUAAGACCACCCUUGGUAAGGUUGUAUACGAUGACAUUAGGGUGAAGGAGCAUUUUGACAUUCAAGCUUGGGUCUGUGUUUCCAAAAUACUUAACAUGUUCAAGGUAGCCCAAACAUUGCUUGAAGCGAUAUCUUCGUCCACUUGUACUACUAGUAAGGAUCUAAACAUGAUUCAACUUAAACUAAUGGAUGAAUUGAGUGGGAAGAGGUUGCUAUUAGUUUUAGAUGAUGUUUGGAAUAUGAAUUUUACUGUUUGGAACAUCUUAAGUAAUCCCCUCAAAUGUGGGGCUCAAGGAAGUAAAGUCAUUGUAAUAACUCGCGAUGAAGAUGUUGCAUCAAUCAUGUGUGCUGAUACAACUCAUCAUCUAAACCCGUUGCCAGAUGAAGAGUGUUGGUUGCUAUUUGUAAAAUAUGCAAUCCAAGAAGGUAGUUUUAAUAACUCACCUCUUGAUCAAGAGCUAGAGGAAAUAGGUAGACAAAUUGUGAGAAAGUGCAAAGGCCUACCUUUAGCAAUCAAGACAAUCGGAGCACUCCUACAAUGUAACCAAGUUGUUGCUGCAUGGAAACAAGUAUUGACAAGUGACUUAUGGGAUUUUCCGAAUGAGCCGAUAGUUCCUGCUCUAAUAUUAAGUUACAAAUGUCUUCCCUUAGAGUUAAAGCGAUGCUUUGCUUACUGUUCAAUUUUCCCAAAGGCUUAUAUUUUUGAAAAAGAUGAGUUAGUCUUACUGUGGAUGGCAGAAGGUUUCCUGCAAGAGUCCAUGAACAAGACAAUGGAAGAAGUUGGUGAUGAUUACUUCUUUGAUCUUGUGUCAAGAUCGUUUUUCCAACAAGCAAGCGGCAGUAAGUCGUCAUGUUUCGUUAUGCAUGAUCUAAUCAAUGAUUUAGCAAGAUUCGUGUCUGCAAAGUUCAACGUUGCGCUGGAGAGCAACGAUUCUCAGGAAAUUGUGAGCAAGACUCGUUAUUUCUCAUAUAUCAUUGACGUGUUUGAGAAGUUUGAGCCUCUUUGUAAGGAGGCUCGAAGGUUGAGGACGUUCUUGCCACUUGAAUUGUCACCAAGGAACUGUGAUUUCCUCUCAACUAAAAGAUUGCCACGUAAUUUAUUUUUGAAACUAACACGCUUACGAAUGCUCUCUCUAUCCCACUAUCGGGAUUAUAUGAUUGAGUUGCCUGAAUCAAUUGAGAAUAUCAUACAUCUACGCUAUCUGGACCUUUCUUUCACUAAAGUUGGAAAGUUGCCUGAUUCUAUAUGCGAGCUGAUCAAUUUGCAAACUUUGAAGUUAUCAGGUUGUAGAGAUCUUUCUUUAUUGCCAAGAGAGAUGCGAAAGCUCGUUAAUUUACGUCAUCUUGAUAUUACUGCAACUAGAAUAAAGCAUAUGCCGAUUGAACUGAGUAGGCUGGAAUGUCUCCGGACAUUGACUACGUUUGUAGUCGGCAAAGAUGGUGGGUCUUGCAUUGGAGAGUUGGGAAAACUUGAAAAUCUCCGGGGAAAGCUUUCAAUUUUGGAGCUCCAAAACAUUACAUCUGGUAAGGAUGCGUGGGAUGCAAGCUUAAAGAGCAUGGAAAACAUCGAGAAGUUGGAGUUGAAAUGGAAUGCUGUCGAUAAUAUUUCAGAAAAUCAGAGAAUUAUUCUCGACAAUCUCCAACCUCACACAAACUUGAAAAGUCUCACCAUCAACUAUUAUGGUGGUAAUAGUUUUCCAGAUUGGUUGGGGCAUCAAUCAUACCGUAAUAUAACAUCUCUUCAUCUGGAAAAGUGCACAUAUUGUUGCAGCUUGCCACCUCUUGGGCAGCUACCCCAUCUACAGGACCUCUCUAUUAUUGGGUUUUCAGGAGUCACUACAGUGGGUCUCGAAUUUUAUGGCUGUGGUUCUUCUUCGAUUGAGCCUUUCGGAGCUUUGGAAGUUUUGAAGUUCCAGCAGAUGAUGAAAUGGGAGGAAUGGUUACCUUUUAGCGCUGGAAGUGAAGGAGGUGAAGCUUUUCCCCGUCUCGGAGAGCUUUAUAUCGAUGACUGUCCAAAGCUGAAGAGAGGGUUACCCGUUGGUUUUUCUUCUCUGGAUAAACUUGCAAUUAAGAAAUGUCCAGAGUUGGUGGUUCCACUCCCAAUGACUCGUAACACAUGUGAAUUGGAGCUAAUACAUUGUAACGAGGCUCUGUUGAAGGAGUUGCGGAGUGGAGUGCAGAAACUUGCAGUUGAGGGAUUUGAUGUACUAGACUCGCUACCAGAAGGGAUGAUGAACUCCAACGAUAAUCUUCAAGAAUUAAGAAUCACUGAUUGUUUCUCGCUCAUGACACUUCCUGACGGCAGUCUACUCUCCAAGUUAAAAACACUCGAAAUUAACAUGUGCCAGAAGUUGGAGAUUCCAAUGCAUUCGCAGUAUUCUUCCCUUGAAAGAUUGAAGUUGUUCAAAACCUGUGAAUCUCUCACGUCGUUUCAGUUGGACCAAUUCCCAAAGCUUUCAACAAUCACCACCUCUUGGUGUAAGAAUCUGGAAUCUUUUGCGGUUUCAGAACGAUAUGAAUAUGAUUCAAUGGUCUCGUGGAUAGAAAUCCAUAACUGCCCUAAUUUUAAAUCUUUUCCGAAAGGUGGAUUGCGUGCUCCAAAUCUUACAUACUUUUGUCUCAAUAAUUGUGAGAAUCUGAGUUCCCUGCCAGACAAUAUGCACCUACUCCUUCCUUCUCUUAUGUGUCUCCAUGUACUGAAUUGUCCUGAAAUUGAGUAUUUUCCUAAAGACGGCUUGCCUUCCGGUCUGAAUUCAAUUAUCAUCUACUGCUGCGACAAACUUUUUGCUAAUCGGAAGGGAUGGGUUUUGCAAAAACUACCCUCUCUUAUAAAAUUGGAAAUCGGUGGCAACUCAGAAGACUUGGAGUCUUUUCCCGAGGCCGGAUUGCUGCCCACCACUCUGACCCAUCUUUCCAUCAAUGGAUUUCCAAACCUGAAAUCUUUGGACAGGGAGGGGCUUCAACACCUAACUUCUCUUCAGCGUCUUCGGAUCGAAUACUGCUCUACCCUCGAGUGUAUACGAGGAGUGGCUUUGCUCGCCUUCCUUUCUCAUCUACAAAUCAAUCACUGCCCCAAGUUCAAGGACAUGCCAAAAGAGGGGCUGCAUUCCUCCCUCUCUCUUAUACAGAUCAAUGGCUGUCCUUUGUUGGCCAAACAACUCGAUGGGAAAAAAGGAAGAGAAUGGCACAAGAUUGCAAAGGCCCACCGUAUAAUGAUUGACGGAGAAUUUAUUGAAUGA